AUGUCUUACGACAACCAGCAAUACGGGGGCGGCGCUAACAGCAGCUACUACAACAACGACGACAACAACAACGGCAACAACUCCUACGGCAACAACAACGACGACAACAACUCCUACGGCAACAACAACGACGAUGGUUACAACAACCAGAACCAGAACCAGAACCAGAACCAGAACCAGAACCAGGGCCAGGGCAACUACGGCGGAAACAACGGAGGCAACAACUCCAACCAGAACCAGAACCAAGGCCAGGACAACUACGGCGGAAACAACGGAGGCAACAACAACUCCAACCAAAACUCUUCCAACAACGACUUCAGCAGCGCUGCCACCCACGCACAGGAAAACCACGGUAGCGAUGACAAGUCUCUGUUCAACACUGCGGUGAACUUCCUCCAGAACAGCCAGGGCUCCAGCAACGAUGUCGACGAGCAGCAGGCAGCGAAUGCCCACCAGGCCAUGUACGGUUCCGGCGACCCGUCGAACCAGCAACAUGAUUCUACCUCUAUUGGUGCGGGCGCGGCGAUGCAGGCUUUGAAGAUGUUUACUGGUAGCAACGGUGGAGGCAGUGAUGGUGGUAUGGACAAGAACAAGCUCAUUGGGCUUGCAAUGUCGCAGGCUGGAAAGUUCUUCGAUUCGCAGACUGGAUCCGGGGGUAAUGUGUCCGGUGACAAGCAGUCUGCCAUUAACUCUGCUGCCCAGAUGGCCCUUAACAUGUACACGAAGAGCCAGGGCGGUGGCUCUGGUGGGGGUGCUGCUGGAUUGAUGGAUCUUGCAAACAAGUUCUUCUAA